AUGAAGGAUCAAAUAGGGAGCUUUUUCUACUUCCCAUCAACGGCAUUCCACAAGGCUGCCGGAGGUUUUGGAGGGAUUAGGAUUCUAAGCCGGCCCUUUAUCCCGGUCCCUUUUGACGAGCCGGCCGAUGAUCAUACCAUCUUAAUUGGAGAUUGUGGAUAUUCCUUCUUUGUUGUAGGAAUGGAUGGGGGGCAGUGGACCCAAGCAAGUAGGAACGAGUACAAUCUUCGUGAUGCUGUCUCUCGCUGCACGGUUCAGGUUUACCCCAAUUCUUGGACAGCCAUUUACAUACCACUCGACAACGUGGGCAUGUGGAACUUGAGGUCCGAGUAUUGGGCCCGCCAGUAUUUGGGCCAGCAAACUUAUAUGAGGGUCUACACAACCUCAACCUCGUUGAGAGACGAGUUUCCCAUCCCAAAGAAUGCACUUCUUUGCGGGCGGGCGAGUGGGAGGCGCACAAGACCCCUGUGA